AUGGUAUACCUCAAGAAUUGGGAUAGCUUCGCUUCAGCAGCAUUGGAACUAUAUACUCAAUCUCCUGAAAAGGUACGAUAUUGUGUAAAAUGGAGACAUGAAACUAAAUGGUUGGUAUUAAAAGUGACUGAUGAUACAAAAUGUUUGAAAUUCAAAACUCGAUCAGCAGUCUUCUUAAACCGAUUUGACGCAUUCAACCGAACCAUGAUAGAAAAAAUG